AAAAGGCGAGAUGUACAAAUAUGGCUCGNCUUUUUUUAGCCGCACGGCCUUGGGCCUUGCAGCCAUCAUAUGGCACCAAUGCUUAGGUCACAAGCCAACCCGCCCUAAAUCUCUAAGUGGUCAUAGGAAAAAAAAUUUAUCUUAAAGGAUUUGAAGAACAGGGCUUAGCGGACAUCCCGGGCUGGUGUUCUAACUGACACUGUCGAGGCAAAGAAAGCAGCCACCCCGAAGAUGUUCUUCUCUCACGUCUUGCCACACCGUCGACGCCGAUCUGACCGGCCGUGGGCAGCCAUCCCGCACACUCCGGCUCCACCGCUUCAAGGGAGACCGAAGACUCCAGCCUUGAUAGCAGGCGACAUGGGCACUAUCGGCCUUGGUUCCAGCGUUGCCGAUGCGUAUCUACCGUAGGAGACUCCUUAUCAGGGGCACUGGGGCGACAAA